CCGCAGACGACCACGUCUGCAGUGCUGCAAACGGCAAGUGGGCGAGCACACAGCGCCCAGCGACCUUAAGCGCGUGUCGGUCGGUGAAGAUGGUGCUACUACGGCAUGGCCGCAUUCCCCUUGUUGUGGCUACCCUCGUGCUCCCGCUCCUGGCUUCGGCCAACCCCUUCCCGCACUUGUACCAUCCGUGUCCGUCACAGGCAGUCUGUCCCAACGCUGCCUGCGUCGUCAAUUCCGCGGCGGACGACACACCGCAAUGCGUGGAGCCAGGCAGCAUCGACUUGAACCCCAUCGGGGUUUCGUUCAAUCUGGGACGGAUCGCUGUACGCGGCGUCACGAUCACAAACUCCACGAUCAAUGCCACCCACUUCUUUUCGACACCAAGUCGCCGGAGCAACAUGUCCCUGGAGUACGUAAACGUGGCAGGCGUCCCAAAAUUGAACACCAUCAUCGUGCGGUUUGUGGACGUCAGCCACACGAACGUCGAAACGUGGGUUGCGCCGUCCGUCGAGAACUUGCUGCUCUUUAACUGCAGUUUGGUCAGCUUUCCAAACCUGACCAACUGGCCCAAGCUCAACUAUCUAGACUUGUCCAACAACACCGAGCAAUUUCGAAACAAGCUCGAGUUGGACCAGGGAGGUGAAAUCGCCGCUCGGUUUCCCUUUUUGCUGCAACUCGGUGGCAUUGGCCUGAGCGCGAUGGCGCUGCGCACGAUCCCGAAAUUCAUCUUCAAGCUGCCCAAGUUGACGCGCAUCUUUCUCCGCCAAAACCGGUUCAACGUGAUCUCGCUGACCCUGCCCGAGUACCAAUUUCUCACAAAGCCGGGCAUGGACCUGCACAUCCACACGUUUCAUAACACGCCUGGCCGCGACAACGGCGAGUGGUCGGGCGAGUCGCUGCCCAGAUGCCCCGACGCCCACACGAUCACGAUCUUGUACAAUAGCACCAAGGGCAACAACUGGUUCGUGUGUCUCCAAGACACAGACUCGGCGACGCAGGUCGCCUCUAUUGUGCUGGCGUGGAUCAUCCUCUCUGGGAUGGGCGCGGCGGUGCUCUACCUCGUCGCGAUGAAGCUCAUCAACCGCCACCGCCGCCGACUCCGAAGCCAGUAUUUGGACUCGGACCCUGUUCUCGCCACCGCGCCGCGGUUCCACGUGCCCAUCUUGCGCUUCCGCGACUUCUUUCCGGCUUUCUCGACCCAACACGCGAUGAUGACGAUUCCGCAGAGCAACCGCCCGAUCGAGUCACACGUCGCCACGACCACCGACGAAUCGUCGACGAGUCAGUUGGAAGGAUGGCUGCGCCAGUGCAACCCGUCGCUGCACCAGCAUGCGAUUGACUCCACCGCGAUCGAGCUCAAGACGCGCGUGUACCACUCGAAACACGACACAAUCUGGACCGACUCUGUCUCCGCCGCCGAUGUCACAGAAAUCUGGAAGGGCUCGUACGGCACACAGCCAGUGCUGAUCAAGCGCGUGUCAGGAUCGGAGUUGGCUCUGCGAGUCUUUGCGCGGCAAGUCGAGCGCCUUGUCCGGUUCCAGCACCCGCGGAUCACAGCGCUGGUUGGAGUAACGUGGCAGGUCCAAAGCCUCGCGCUCGUGUGUGCCGACGAUGAGUUGGUGGUCGACCUCAAGCAAUGCAUUCCCCACAUUCCGACCGCCGAAGUCCAAGGGCAAGUAGCAUCGCACAUCGCUGCAGGGCUGCGGUAUCUUCACAGCAUGCCCCAAGUCCAUGGCAACUUGAGUUCGUCGUCGGUCGUGGUCGAUGCCGCGUUCAGUGGGUAUUUGAACCGGUUGGACCUCGUCCCGUGCGACGUGUCCAAGCUCGGGAUGGCCCACCAAACGCUGUACAUCGCACCAGAAGUGCUCAGCGGCGGCCCCCACACUGUCGCGGCCGACGUGUACUCGUUUGGGAUCUUGCUCGCCGAACUUGACACGGGUGAAAGCGUGUACCACUUUUUGAAUCGCACGGCGCGGUGCAUCCCCGGCCGCCACGACAUGACAGUGACCCAGCUGCUCCCGCUGAGGCAAGUGCUCACAUUCAAUCGCGGCCCGCUGCAGCCUGCGAUCGUGAUGUGCCUGCAAGACGACCCGCGCAGCCGGCCACCCGUCAGUUAUUUAAUGAACCUCUCGUCUUAACACGAAAGAGUACACGCUUGAAAGAGA